AUGAACACUGAAGCCAACAGCUUGGCUCAGGCCUCAACAAGUCUGAAGCUAGCUCCAGAAACAAUCCACAAGAUCAUCACAGUCCAAAAGAGGUUGUUACCUUCUGUUAGAAGGAGAGGUCUAGGACUGGAGGUAUUUACUUCUGACUUCACAGGUGAAGAAUCAAAUGAUGAAUUAGAAAAUGAUUGGCGUACACCUAUUAUUUCCUUCCUAAAGAGGCCUUAUCACAGAACCCCUAGGAAGCAUGUUCCUGCAGCUGAUUAUCAUGCUGUGGUCAAACCUUGGCCAUUUAGAGGUUGGGCCCUUGACGUAAUUGGAAAAAUUUAUCCGCCCUCUUCAAGAAAUCAUACUUACAUCUUGGUAGCCACAGACUAUUUUACCAAGUGGGUAGAAGCAGUACCAUUAAAGUCUGUGGAUCAACAAGAGGUAAUCAAGGUGAUCAAGGAAAGAAUCAUCCAUAGGUUUAGACUACCUGAACACUUGGUUGCAGAUAGGGGUACAAUAUUUAUGGGAGAACAAGUAGUCAACUUUGCUGCACAGCAACAUAUUAUUAUCUCCAACUCUACUCCUUAUUACGCACAAGGAAAUGGCCAAGCUAAGUCUACCAACAGGACUCUUGUUAACAUUAUAGAGAAAAUGGUGGAAGACAAUCCAAGGGCCUGGCAUGAAUUUUUUUCUGAGGCCUUAUGGGCCUAUAGAACCUCAAAGAAGGAAACCACCAAUAUAACUCCUUAUAUGUUGGUAUAUGGGCAUGAUCCAGUCCUACCAAUGGAGGUAGCAGUAAAGUCAGCAAGAAUAGCAUAUCAAAAUGGCCUCACUCCUGCAGAUUAUACUCAGGUCAUGCUGAUGGAGCUUGAGGACUUGGACGAGGUUAGGCUUGCAGCCCUUGAUCAUAUGUUGGUUCAGAAAAGAAGAGUCACUAGAUCUUAUGACAAACGUGUAAGGAAAAAGAGCUUUACUGAGGGUGACUUGGUUUGGAAGGCAGUCUUCCCCUUAGGGGAAAAGAACCCAAGAUAUGGCAAGUGGUCUCCGACCUAG